GAGCUGUCGUGUGUGGUUGUGUUACCUUGAUGUCUUGGUCACUGUCAGUGACUGGUCCUCAAAUCCUGGCGUUUUCUGAGUUUAAAGUCAACCUUAAUAAUUUCGUUGACAAUUUUAAAACCACCGAAUAAGUGGAAAUAAACUUGCCAUAUUAAUUCACUGUUCGCGAUAAAUUGCCUAAAAAAUCUGAUAUAUAGCCGUUUAUCAUCGCGGUAUCGCCGCUGAACUUAUCUUCACAGCAUUGCGAUGACCAACCUAACCGUGCUGAGGUCUGCGCAGCACGCAGGCUGGCAAGGCUACUGUUGGCCAUUCUCAGGUAAUGGUUUCCCUGUAACCGCUCCUCCAAGCCCGGCUGCGCCCAGCAUGGCGAACCCAUCGCCAUGUCGUCCUGCAUCACCUGCUCACAUCACAGCAGCAUCGCCAUCAUCGUACCAGCUGCAAAGACUCUCCCGCGCCUACGAAGAGCACCUCCUGCAGUUCACGGCUGCUGCAGCAGCGGCGUCUGCUGUGGCAGCCUCUGCCGCAAGCCAUACCAGCGUUAAAAUGGAGCCUCUGUCUCCUGAUCCACUCCCUCAAAACAGUAGCAAAGGUGGACGGGCACCGCGAGAUGCCAACCCAGCGACCAGCGGCAAAAAUAAAUCAAAACAAAGUCGCUCUUCCCCGUCACAUUCAACACUGACGUCCGUGGCCGCCAACAAAACGCCGUCGCCAGCGGUUUCUCCUAAGUCCCAGAACUCGGCUAGAACGAAGACACCGAUUUCGUUUCCUGGCACUCCCCCUCAUUCUUCAUUCACUCCACCUACUGCUGUACCUCCUGGGUGCUUCAACCCGACCUCUUAUGGUGGACUGGGCACCCCAACUUCAGCUCCGAUGACAACCUCGCCACGAAGUCCACACUUUAUGGAGCCUCCUUCAUUGCCGCGUAAUUGCAGUGACCUCAUGAGGAGUCUAGCCGCCAAGUAUAACAACAAUAAUAACAACGAGUUCUUUUCCAGUCAAAUGAGCAAAUCCUUCGCGCGUGGAGGCCUGAACCCUCGUUUGCCCGGCACUGCAGGUUAUUCCUCACCAUUGAAUGCCUCGCCCCGUUCCGACGAUUCCCUCCAUGAUGGUUUUAACUUAUCGAAAGCAAGCCCCGCUAAACUGUUCUCUCCGUUUCUGCCUCACUCCCCCAUGAAUGACAUGUACCAGUCCCCAGUCAGUCCUCGUCAUUCGUCGGCCGCAGCCCUCAUGGACUUGAUCCGUAAUUCUGCCUCUGCCACGUCCUCCCUCGACGUUACCCCACACAACUUAAGUUCCUCCGUCAAGCGAUACGCCGAUACUUCUCCGCUGGAUCUUUCCUCCAGCGACUCUGCGAAAAAAUUGCGAAGGGAUUCAUCUCAUCAAGCUUCUACCUUUUCUCCGCUGACAUUGGAAGAACCAAUUUCACCUAUAGACUUUGAAAAAAAUAUACCAGAUGUAAGAUUAUCACCUGACGUUUCUAGAUCUUCUCAAAAGUUUUGCUCGCAUUCCAGAGUUGGAAAUGUGUCUGAAUCUCGGUCUGAUGCGUCAGACAUCAGCAAGCAUAUUACUUAUCCAUCAAUGUUGAAGGCAAGCCCUCUGCCAGAUAAGCGACUUUCAUCAUCUACGGGGACCGCAGAUACGAUGCUAGAAACUCAACAGAAGGAUUGUAAUCCGAAUGCCUCUUCAGCGCAUCCUGCGGUGCUGGCGUGGUCAAUGCAGGAUGUAUGCGCCUUCGUCAGGAGUAUCGAUCUGUGUGCUGAAUAUGCAGAUAUGUUCUUGGAUGAGCGUAUCGACGGCUGGUGUUUGUCGUUACUCACCGAGUCUCACUUGACGGGUAACUUGGGCAUGAAACUUGGCCCGGCACUCAAGCUCAGGUCUAUGCUAGCCUCCGUGUCCUCCAUGCCCUGUGAUGGUCGUACUGUGUAUGCUAUAAAUGAAACGAAACUUAGUGCAGCCAGAAACAUCGAUGGUCCUUCCAAUCUUACUAAUAUUAUGAAUAAUUUUGUCAACAUCUCUACUAAUAAUAACGAAGUUUCUUGUAAAGCGGCUCAAAAUGAUCGGAUUUCAAAUAGUUCACUGAACACGGAACUUUCCCCGUUUCGGAACUCAAGAGCCUCACCGGCAACUCCUGGUGCUGAACCGAACACAUCGUCACCUCCACACGAGGAGUAAUCAUUUUAUUACAAAUAAAAAUAAUGAGAUGCAGUAUCGUAAUAUCACUAUAGCUCUUUUCCAGGACAUAAAUUGAAAAAAUUGGUUAUAAUUACUUAUAAAAUUGUGCUUCAAUGUGGAAGCAGAAUUAUUGUCUUUAACUUGCGCCUCAAAUUUGGCAACGAUGAUGACUACAUAGUGUGUUUUCAGGAAAUAUCGCUUUUCGUUUAUAUAAUAUACUGUACAUUCCGUGGGUCUCUCGGGAUUACAGGUUGAAGGCAGACAAACUUAUGUGACUGGCGAAAAUCAAAUUAUUUGCUGUUCCUUGUUUCUUUAUUUAGUUUAUUAUAAUCUAAGCAAGAUUCGCAUCGAUGUCUGCAAUACAAUCAUUGUUACAAAUUUCCGUCAAUUAGAUGGUUUAUAAUGUAAUUUUUUCGUUGCUUUGUGAAUAUAUUCUUUAGGAAAGGCUUACUUUCCACGUGAGACGUAAGCUAAGCUUGAGAUAUCUAUAAAGACUAUGUAAUUACACUGAAGAACUCCAAGACAUUAGUCUGAUGAUCUUUGUGAAUAUGCAUUGUUUUAUUUAUUCGAUUAUUGUUGAUAAUAAAAUUGUUGAUCUCC